AUGGUCUACUCUCGACUAGAUAAGCACCACAAAAGAUCUGUCAUUAUCGGCCAAGUCACUCAAAUAGAACCACAUGUCAUUCUUAAAUAUCAAAACCAAACAAAACACCUCGUUAUCUCAACACCUGUCACCUUCCAAAUUAACCAAUGGAUCAGAGCAUUCGGAGUAUCUAAAGGCCAACUUUACUUUGCCGAUGCCUACCACCCCAUUCAACCCCAAGAUAUCUCUUUAUUCUUCUCUUUUCGGCAACGAAUUAGACAAUUCUACCGAGAAAUAGACUAA